AUGAAUCCUGAAAACGAUUAUUCCUUUCUUUUUAGUCAAACUCGAAUACCAUCUGGUUUUGCUUCAGUAAUAUUUUUGACAGAUGAAAAUAUUACAAUAUUAAUUGCUGAUGCAAAAAACGAUCGUGUCACAACUCCAAUAUCAUUUCUUAGUGUACAAGAAUUACCCUAUGAAGAACUUGAUUACAAUUUUCUAGUUGAUCUUCUAGAAAAACUUCAAAAUGGUGUAAUCCGAAAACCAGAUCAUUUUAAUAAUCUUCAUUUUCUUCUUCUUUUAUUAUAUGAUUCACAUGGGAAUCAACGUGAUCGAUUUCCAUUAUGGAGUUGGUAUCAUCGAAUAAAAAAAAGAUUUCUUACAGCUAAACAUUUAACAAUUGACACUGAGAAUUCUCGUCAGCAUAUUUUAACUGCACUUGAACAAGUCAUUGAUACCAAUUCGACAAUAUUAAAAUUACUUCAAGAAGGUGUUCAGUUAGAAGAAAAAUAUCUUCAUUCAACAAUACAUGGUCUAUUUAAAUUUUAUACACCUAUACAUAUAUAUGUUUACAUGGAACAAGUAGAUAAACCAAUAAUAAAUGAAAAUAUAAAACUAUUUCAUUUAUUUCAAUCAUCUUUUAUGAAAUUAUAUCAAAGCUCAUGUUGUGAUUUAAUACAUUUUUCAAUCGCACAUAAAAAAACGAAUUUAUUGAAAACAAUUUUUAGUGAAAAUUUUAAUUGGUUAGAUUCAUCAAUGAAUUUAGCAACCGAACGUGGAUGGUUACCACUGCAUUAUGCAUCUUAUGUGGGAGAUAAAGAUACUGUUAAAGCAAUAUGUGAUACAUUAACAUCACCAACAUUAUCAAUUCGUUUUGACACACUAUCAUUAUUAAUACCAAAUUUUAAACAAGAAUUAUUUGAUUACAAUCCAAAUGAAUAUAUACUUAAAACAUGUGGUGUUGAACAUAGUACAUAUACAACAAAACAACGUAAAGCAUCUCGUUUACAAUCAGUAUCAACUGAUAAUCAUGAAAAUUUAUUAAUCGAGCAACGUUUUCAAAAAAAAUCACCAUCAAAUAUUGAUACAAGAGAUCAACCGUCAUUAUUAGUAAAUAUUCUUAAUAAUAGUUAUAUGAAUAUUACAAAUGAUAAUGACAUACCAGAUGCCGAUGAACUUGAAUUAAGUUCAUUGCCUUUAAUCCAACGUGAUGAAUUUAUUGAUAAAGUUUUACAUAUGUACGAUACAAAACAAAUGCUUAUCCCAUCGCCUCUUAUUCUUGCAUGUCUUGCAGCUUGUGGCGAAAAAAAUAAUUAUGAAGAUAUUGUUAAAAUAUUACUUGAAUCACAUCUUUUUGAAUUCGACGGUCUUAAUCAUGAAUCUAUUCUCAAUCAUGUUCUGAAUUAUAUGCAUAGAAAAGAUUAUGCUCACUUUCAAUGCGUACAAGUUUAUCUUGAUACUGAAAUUGAAGGACCAUCAGCAUAUAUAUUUUAUCAAUUUGAUGGUUUUAUUGUUAAUCAAGAUAUAAAACCAGUUUCUGGUGCAUUAUCAAGUUCAUCAAUAACAUUAAAUACAUCGAAAAACGAUGAAACAGCUGCAUGGGAUGAUGAUCAUCAACUUGUAACACCAAUAAAUGUUCGUUGUCUAUUAACAGUUUUAGUUCUUCGUGAUAUAUUUAUUCAAUAUCCACGUUGGGAUUUUCAUUUAUUACGUGAAAAUAUUGAUGAAAAUUUUUCGGAUUUAGAAAAUGCACUUGGUUGUCGACCAACAAUACUUUAUCCAGAUGGUGAGAUAAUAUCAUCACGUAAAUGUAGUGAUGUAACAUGGGAGGUUAUUGUUAAAUAUCGUUUAAGUUCAGAAACAGGUGAAACAUUAUAUAUGCAAGUUGAUUAUUAUUUUUUUGAAUCAUUUGGUGAUCCACUUGCUGAUGCUUUAGUUAAUGUUUAUCAAACACCAUUUUAUAUAUCAUGUAUGAGUGAUUCAACAAUAAUGAUGAGUACAAUAUUUGAUUCAUUUUUUAAACGUCGUAAUCUUCAUCGUUGGGGUACAAUUAUUGAAAAACAUUUAGAAAAUUGUUUUGAUGGCAUUUUACAAAUAAAAAAUAAUUGUACAACAUUUUCAUCGUUAUGUGCGACAUUAAGUCAUUAUUAUCAAUUGGAUGGUGAUCCAUUUCUCGAAGAAAAUUCAGCAACAAUCCAACGAAUAUUUGUUCACGCAUUUGCUUGUUGUGUACGCCGUAAUGCAAAAAUAGGACUUGACUAUUUAAUAAAAAAUCAUUCUUUAAUUUACUAUGAUUCAUGUCGAACAAAACCAAGUGAUAUUCGACAUAAUAUAUUGACUUAUUGUGUUGUAAGGAAUUUAUCUGUUGUAUUGGAUCAAUUAAUAACAAAUAUGAAAGCAUCAAUGUAUAAAACAUAUCAAAAUUCAACGAAUCCUGAUUGGCAACCACAUGUUGCAUGGAAAGAAAUCAUUCAUGUUAUUAUUGAUCCUGUUUUACAACAACAAAAUGAUUUAACACAAUUAGCUUGUUAUGGUGAUACAAAUACAAAUUCAUCAUUAAUUGGCAGUAUACCUGUACUUCAUGCAACAGGUGAAGAAUAUAUCCAAUGUAUUAAUUCAAGAAAAAAUAUUAUAUUAAAAGCCAAACGAAAAUUACCACGAGCUUCAAGUGAUUUAGAAAAAAUUCGACCAAUAAUAUGUCACACUGAUAUUACUGAUGAUGAUGCAAGUUCUGAAAAAUCCGACGUUGUUUGUCCGACAACACUUAUUAUAACUCAUCCAACUAGACUUCAACGUCGUCAAACAAUUGAUACUGUUCAAGGUCGACAAUAUUUAUCACGUCAAAGAGCUUUACAACAUUUGCGAGCAAUGUUUCGACCGAUUCGACGAAGACUAAAAACUUCUAUUGAUAAUGGACAUGAACAAAUGCCAAUGGUUUCUGAAAAACGGGCAAUGCAUCUACGAUGA